AUGACCACCUUCGAUUCCAUCAUUUGCAGUAAUGUACCAUCAAACAAAGACCGGCUGUAUUUCCUUGACAAGUACACCAGAGGCAAGGCUAACAACAUAGUGAAAGGUUUCCUGGCUAUGAGCUCUGACAGUGCCUACGAUAAAGCUCGGAAGAUGUUAGACCAGCGUUUCGGGAAUCCCGUCCAUGUAGCUGAGGCUUACAAGUCUAGUCUAAGAAACUGGCCAAAGAUAAAUGAUGGUCAUAGCAGUGGCCUCCAGGACUUCUCUGAUUUUCUCAUACAAUGUGAAGAAGCAACGAAGACGAUACAGUCAAUGGGGGACCUUGACUCGACAGAAACUCUCAGCCUUGUUUGCAGCAAACUUCCUUCUUACUCUGCUGUGAAAUGGUGCCGGCAUGCUCAUGAAAGGCAAACCAAGUCUAAGAAAAUAAUCACAUUUAGCACCUUUAUGAACUUUGUCAGAGAAGAAGCAGAACUUGCAAAUGACCCCAUCUUCUCACCUGAUGCUCUGAAAGCGGAACGUGAGAAGACUGGUACUCAGACGAAGUGGGGAUGGAAGAACAAGUCAAAGAAGAAGGACGAUAGUGAUUUGAGCGCCAAUUCACUUGUGACAUCAGGCACUCCACACCCCAGUGACCUUGCGUCAUUGACAAAACCAUUUGCAGAUCAAACAGAUCAGGCCUGCCCCCUUUGCAACGGUCAGCACGCCCUCAUCAAGUGCAGCAAAUUUCUCAAGAGUUCAGUAGAUGAACGCAGUGAAUUUAUUUGCAGUAAAGCUCUUGGUUUCAGCUGUUUCAAGUCAGGUCACAUGUCUUCGGGAUGUCGUAAUAGAUCCAUUUGCAAAGAAUGUGGAAGACGUCACCACACCUUAUCGCAUGGCGUAAAACCAAAAUCCACUGAGAUUUGUCCACAGCCUGACCGCAAGUCACAAGAAACUCAGCACCCAUCUAACAAGAAUGAACCACUCAGCAAGAAACCUCCAGUUGCAGGAUCUGCAAGCUCAAACCUGAUCAGUGUAACGCACAGCUCAGCUACAGAGUCUGCCAGCAUAAUCACUAAUUGUCAAAUCAUCCAAGUUCUUCUGUUCCACAAGGAUAACCCAGCCAAAGCAAUCAAGGUCUACGCCCUCCUAGACGAUGCAAGUGACACAACCUUCGUGACCACCCAAGUACAGCGUGAACUCGGUAUCAAGAGUGUUGAAAGUAGUUUAGAUUUAAGCACGAUGCUUGGUCGACAGAGGAUAGCAGUUGAAAGAAGCAACUUGACAAACGCACCGAAGUUGACCAAAACCAUGAACAACUGGCCACACCUUAAAAGGAUCCAAGGCAAAAUUCCUCCAUAUGAUGAAGACAGAUAUUGGCCUGCUAAUUGGUUGCAACUGCCCCAAAGCGAUCACAUCAACAGAUGUUAUUUGGGGAAAAGGAGAAGAACCUUACACUGUUCGAACCUUCAUGGUCUAUCCAAAGAAGACAGAAAGUUUAUUCAAAUAGCAGAAAAGGGAAUUCAACAUUGCAAUGAUGGCCAUCAUGAGCUCCCACUACCCUUGAAGAACGAAACCAUUGAGCUUCCAAACAACAAGACAGUAGCGCUUCGCAGACUUAAUCAGCUAAAAAGAAGGUUCGUGGGUAGAAACGGCCAGAAAUACUACACGGAUUACUUGGAAUUUAUGAAGAAAUUGAUAAAGAAUGGAUACACUGAGAGGGUACCAAAGAUGUCUGAAUCGGAACAUGCAUCCCAUGGUCAAGUUCAAGAACAAGCGAACGUUUGGUACAUUCCACACCACGGAGUCUAUCAUCCUAAGAAGCCCAAUAAGAUUCGUGUAGUUUUCGAUUGUGCUGCCGAGUACGAAAGUGAAUCGCUAAACAAGCACCUGCUUCAAGGCCCCAACUUGACAAACAAUUUGACAGGAGUGCUUUGCAGGUUUCGACAAGAGCCAAUGGCUUUCAUGUGUGACAUAGAAACCAUGUUUCACCAAGUAAAAGUGAGUGAAGAACUCAGAGACUUGUUGCGCUUUCUCUGGAGGGAAGAUGGUGACCUAACCAAAGAACCAAAAGAGUACUGA